CCGCCUUCUGCACCGCGGCUUCGGCGGCUUCCGCCUCGACACCUUCCACUUGCGGAGCUAGCCACGUCGUGCGGGAGCUGAGACUGGGAGUUGGGUGACUGUGCGCAUUCUGGCGACCUGAGAAGCGAAGAUGUCGGAUAUCGGGGACUGGUUUAGGAGCAUCCCAGCCAUCACGCGCUAUUGGUUCGCCGCCAGUGUCGCGGUGCCUUUGGUCGGCAAGCUCGGCCUCAUCAGCCCGGCCUACUUGUUCCUCUGGCCGGAAGCCUUUCUCUACCGCUUCCAGGUCUGGAGACCAGUCACUGCCACCUUUUAUUUCCCUGUGGGUCCAGGAACGGGAUUUCUCUAUUUGGUCAAUUUAUAUUUCUUAUAUCAGUAUUCUACACGACUCGAAACAGGAGCUUUUGAUGGGAGGCCAGCGGACUAUUUAUUCAUGGUCCUCUUUAACUGGAUUUGCAUCGUGAUUACUGGUUUAGCAAUGGAUAUGCAGUUACUGAUGAUUCCUCUCAUCAUGUCUGUCCUUUACGUCUGGGCCCAGCUGAACAGAGACAUGAUUGUGUCCUUUUGGUUUGGAACACGAUUUAAGGCCUGUUAUUUACCCUGGGUUAUCCUUGGAUUCAAUUAUAUCAUCGGAGGCUCGGUCAUCAAUGAACUCAUUGGAAAUCUUGUUGGACAUCUUUACUUCUUCUUAAUGUUCAGAUACCCGAUGGACUUGGGAGGAAGGAACUUCCUAUCCACUCCUCAGUUUUUGUACCGCUGGCUGCCCAGCAGAAGAGGAGGAGUCUCAGGAUUUGGCACACCUCCUGCCAGCAUGAGGCGAGCUGCCGAUCAGAAUGGCGGUGGUGGGAGACACAACUGGGGCCAGGGCUUCCGGCUUGGAGACCAGUGACCAGCAGCCUCGGCCUGCCCACCAGCUGCUCUGCUCCGCUGUGGUUUCCCCCCAGUGUUGGGUGUGCUUCCCAACUGAGUUCUAGCUAAUGCUGCUGGGCCUGACCCACACUGAAUGUAGUGUUUCGAUACAAGACACAAUUUUUUUUAAAUCCUGAAGAGAAAUACAAGUGUUCCUCCGGUUCCAUGAUUCAGUUCCAUGAUUCUCAUUCAAGUCCUUAAUGCUAUGAAGAACAAAUGUCAACUGUGCAGCAUUCAAAACUG